ACCAAUAGAAAAGAGGGUAGUAGUAAGAUAAUUAACUAAAUAGUGUAUUUUUAGAGGAGUUUGUAUUUUAUAUGAUUUUUAUAGCUUUGAUAAAUGGAUCGACAAAAGGAAAUAUUUAAAUUUAAUAUUUUGAACAGUAACGAAAGAGAAUUGUCAAAGUUAUUAAACAGUGGUUAUAACCCUAACUCUGAAGGCGGAUGGCCCAUAAGAUUAGCAGCUCGACAUGGGUUACACUCUAUUGUUAAACUAUUAAUGCAAUAUGGAGCUAAUCCACAUUUAUUAAGUGAAGCUGGAGCAUCAACGUUACAGCUUGCAGUUUUCGCAGCGUUACACUGGGAAGCUGAUGACUGGUUAUUUUUGUUAUCAUGCUGCGAUUCAUCACAGUUAGCUGACGGUGCUGCAGUUGCGAUUAUUUUUAACAAUGAAGCAGCACUAAAAAAAAUUCUACAAACAGGACGAUGUAAUACUAAUAUUCCAACAACUCUAACAGGUAAAACUGUUGAUGACUUAGCAAGGGGAUACAAAAAGAAAUAUCUACUAAAUGCUCCUGUGCCUGUAAUACAAAGUAGUCUUCAAGUAACGCCGAAUACAUCGCCACAUCGAGUUCCUAGAAUGGAUGCCAGGAGCCUACAAGUACAGCAACAAUCUCACAGGAACUUGUCACCUUCGGUGGCCCGUUUCUUCGAUCUUACAGCCGGUCAAUCGGCAUUGACUCCACCACGUAGUCCUACAAGAGUCUGGUCUUCUCCUUUAACUCGACAACGAAAUCAAUAAUUUCUCGAGUACCAGUUAAAACCCAUCAUUUAUUCGUUCGCGUUCGUAGGUAUAAAGGCAGAGUGUACGCAAAUAAAUAAGGAACUUAGUGAAGUAGGUAUUUAAUUAAAAUGUUUAUUAAGACAAAAUACAAUUAUAUUUUUAAAUUUCAAAUAGGUACGACAUAUUACAAUUGUAAUGAAUAAUAAAUCAUUCAAUCAUGACAACGAAGAUUUUUUGAGACUAAUUAUGCAUUUUUUCUGCGUUACAUAUGUUCUAAUAAAAUAUAAUAAUUAAAGAGUAAAUUGACAUUCAAAUAAUAAAUAA